AUGCAGUCCCCAUCGCCAGUGAUUGCAGGGCCUCCGUCUGACUGCUGUUUUACAACAGUACAGCACGUCGGCACCCCUGUCGGGCAGACUAUCACCAUAGCCGGUGUACCGACCUAUGUCUCUACGCCAAAAUCCAACUUGAAAAAGGUUAUCUUGUUCUUCCCAGACGUGUAUGGACCGUUCUACGUCAACAACCAGCUGCUGCAAGACUCAUUCGCCGCUAACGGCUAUUUAGUGCUUGGGGUGGAUUAUUUCCUGGGUGACCCAGUUCAGAACCAUGACGGCGAACAGGGUUUCGACAGGCCUGCUUGGUUUGCAAAGGCACGGGUGAACGCCGCCGACGUGCUCCCUGGUUGGAUAGACGGAGUCAGACAGAAGUAUGGUGUCCACGGAAUUUCCUACAGCGCCGUUGGUAAGUCGAUAGACACUACGGACGUUGACGGGUCUCAAUGGGUACGGCAUUAUGUAGGUUAUUGCUUUGGUGCACCUUACGUAUUCGAGCUCUUAAGCGGGGACAUGGUCUCAGCUGGUGCGGUCGCUCACCCCACGCUUAUCAACGAAGACCACCUCUUCAAGAUACAAAAACCCUUGCUCCUUUCUUGCGCAGAAAUCGACCAUACCUUCCCACUGGAUAAACGACGAAGGGCUGAAGACAUCCUCAUCGAACGUAAGGCCAAUUAUCAUUUCCAGAUCUUUUCGGGCGUAGCCCAUGGGUUCGCAAUCCGUGGAGACCCAUCCGUCGAGAAUACUCGUUGGGCCAAGGAGCAAUCUGCGAAGAGCAUCGUGGAAUGGUUUGAUAGAUUUAGUAAGCUGGCAUUGAGUGCCAAAUCAUUGCUUUGA